AUGUUAUUUUCCGGGGUGGCUUCAUGGACAUUGCUCGCGGCUGCGGCGGUGUUCGCGCUGCUUCUGGAUGCUGCGGUCAUUGCUGAUGCGAAGAACUUUGAAGACGUUCGCUGCAAGUGCAUCUGCCCGCCUUACAGAAACAUCACUGGCAAUAUCUACAACAGAAAUGUCUCCCAAAAGGACUGCAACUGUCUCCAUGUGGUGGAUCCCAUGCCGGUACCUGGCCACGAUGUGGAAGCGUACUGCCUGCUGUGCGAGUGCAAGUACGAGGAGCGGAGUAGCAAUACUAUCAAAGUGACGAUUAUCAUCUACCUGUCUGUUGUUGGCGCGCUGCUGCUCUACAUGCUCUUCCUCCUAUUGGUCGAUCCCCUCAUCCGCAAGCAUGAUGCUUACACCCAGCCUCUGCACAACGAGGAAGAUUCUGAGGAGAUGCGUCCACGGCUGGACAGCAGCCAGGCCAGAGGAAAUACAGUGCUGGAGCGGGUUGAAGGGGCGCAGCAGCGCUGGAAGAAGCAGGUCCAGGAACAGCGCAAGACUGUUUUCGACCGCCAUAAGUUGCUUAGUUAA